AUCUAGUACACGAGUCGGUGGAUUCAGUUACAUGUGUACAUUCAUUCAAAAACAUGGCUACAUACAAGGUGUCUUAUUUUCCUGGUAAAGGAAACGCAGAAAUCAUACGGCUUGUUUUAGUGAUUGCUGAACAGGCUUUUGAGGAUGAGAGGCUGACCAGAGACGAGUGGGCGAAGGUUAAGGAAGCGUCGCCUACAAAGCAGAUGCCACUACUCACUGUGAAUGGUACUGUGUAUGGUCAGUCUGCAGCUUGUGCCAGAUAUUUGGCACGAAAAUUUGGAUUGUUGGGAGCAUCCCCCGAGGAGGAACUUCUGAUAGACGAAGUAUAUGAAUGCAUUGCCGACUUCCUGAAAGAAGUCUUUAAACUUUUCUAUGAAAAGGAUGAAAAAGCGAAGGAAGAGCUAAAACAAAAGUUGACCACAGAAAAUGCCCCCAAACUCAAUGACUACAUCAAACUUCGUUCACAGCUCGGCGAGAACGGUUUUAUUAUUGGUAAAAAGAUCUCUCUGGCCGACAUACAAAUAUAUAAUAUAUUCGAUCAAUGUGAGACAAAUUUUCCGGGAUUAUUUUCAUCAGCACCAGACAUAAAAAAACACGCGGAUGUCGUAAAAUCUGAUGCCAGGAUACAAAAAUGGAUCGCAACAAUGCCGAAAAUACCACAAUAAGUAGCGACCUGAAACUUGAUAAGAUAUGUUUACCAAACAGCGGACCAAUGAACAAAGCGGCGAAUUUUCCAGGCCAAUAAUUCGAACCAUUUGCAGAUUUGUAUUUUUGUACUUAUACAAUAUUCUCAGACGAUAUUUUACAAUUAUGCAUGUACCUGUACUUAGAAAAUGUCGUUGUAGAACUGCUGUGUGAAACGAGUGAUAAAUAAAUUGCCAUAAAGAACAA